AUGGCGGCCCCCGGUUUCAGAAGUGUUGUGGCCCCGCUGAGGCAAAGUGAUUUUAGUAUCGAACACAUCCUGACAAGAGCCGGCGAACGGUACGAAAAACGACGCAAAUCGUCGACAGAAACAAACUGCAGGAGUUGCUGUACGAGUAGCCCGGGAAGUGAUCAGAGCGACAUUGUGACCGGUGAUGAUAGUGUUGGGCGAUUGCGAGAUGACGGCGUUAUGGACGACGAGCUCGAAGAAGAGGAGAUCGAUGUGGGACAAACUGUACGUCCUGAUCCUGCGUUCUUGCCGGUUGUGUCUGGAUGUAGGAUGCCCUCCUUCGAUUGGCUGUACUACACGCGAUAUCAUCCUCCGAAGUUACCUCGUCCACAAAAGGCUGGUCCCAUCAAACGGACGCCUGGGAGGUUACCUCGUGUGCCGUUCACUCCUGCUCAGCUAAACGCCCUCGAGGAGGCAUACAAGGUGUCAACUUACCUCAGCUCCGAAGAAGCAAACCAGCUCGCCUACAGCCUGGAGCUGACCAAUACGCGAGUGAAAAUUUGGUUCCAAAACCGACGCGCUCGGGAUCGUCGAGAAAAACGAGAGGCAUCGCUCGCCACUGACCGAUCUACUCUCAUCACGGAGCCUCCGGUUGGUUUGAUACCGCUUUAUAGUGGAGCUUCUUCCAGAGUACAUGCCGUCGGCGGUUCUCGACAUGGUAGCUUGUCACCGUGCAGCACGGAAGCAUCUGGCAGCCGGCGAAGCAGGAGUCCACCCACCGACCGGAGUUGUUAG